ACAAAUUCUCAUUUGAUUGUUAAUUGUUUUUUCCCGCAUAAAUUCUAAUUAAUCGAAAAAUAGUGGCCAACGAAAUCAAUCGAAAACGACAGCGACAAGAUUCAAGCGAGGUUUUUGAAUCAACCGAAACAGUACAAAACCAGCCAGAUCUGAAGCCAAUCGUUGGCGUGGAUCAUAUGGAUAAUAACAGUGGCGGCCAACCGAUGGCCAAUGGAAAAUCAAUCAAAUUAACAAAUGGAUCCGUUGGUGAUUCGAAUCGAUAUAAUCAAUCAAUGAAUGGCAGCGGUAAUGCCAAUGCAUCAAUGAUGAGACGACAUGAUGAUCGUCCACCAAUCGAUCUGAUUGAUGACAAUAGUGACGAUUUAUAUAAUGAUUCCUAUAUGGAUAUCGAUUCCGAUCCAGCAACUGCUAUCGGUGCUGGUAGUGGCGGUCUUUACAGUCCGAUGAUGAUGAUGUCCCAUUUGAAUUGUUCGCAGCCACAACCACCAUCAUCACUAUUAUCUUCAUCGAAUUGGGAUGACGGAAUUCUCAUGGGUCCGGAUAGUGGUUGCAUCAAUGGCAGUGGUGGUGGUGCUGCUGGUCCAGGCAAUAUGCCAUUAUCACAACGACAACAAUUAAUGGCCAAAUUGAUGCAUCAAGAUUUUUUUAAUAAAUUUGAUGAUCUACUCGAUAAUGAUGAUCUCGAUUGAUUAAUAAUUAUGUAAAUAUCAACAACAAUCAUUCAUUCUUGUUCAGAAAUACAAUCCUGGCCCAGAUGAUCAAUCCAAUUCGUGUGAUAUAUGAUAUAUGAUG